ACGCGUCUAGCGUGGCGUGUUCGGUGUGCGCGGCUGCUGUUUGGCGUCCUGGUCUCGUAGCGCCUGAACUAAGGAGGGUCCUGGUGUCCGCCGGGAUGUUACAGGUUGUUGGAGCUGUGGGUGAGGAAGAGGAGCAGGCGGAGGAGGACUGUCCCGAACUGAUCCCCAUUGAGACGAAGCUAAGAGAGGAGGAGGAAAAAUCUGCCCCCGGCGCUAAGAUCCCAGUCACAAUUAUCACCGGGUAUUUAGGCGCUGGGAAGACAACACUUUUGAACUAUAUUUUGACAGAACAACAUAGUAAAAGAGUUGCAGUUAUUUUGAACGAAUUUGGGGAAGGAAGUGCAGUGGAGAAAUCCUUAGCUGUCAGCCAAGGUGGUGAACUCUAUGAAGAAUGGCUGGAACUUAGAAAUGGUUGCCUCUGCUGUUCAGUAAAGGACAAUGGGCUUAGAGCAAUUGAAAAUUUGAUGGAGAAGAAGGGGAAAUUUGAUUACAUCUUGUUAGAGACCACUGGAUUAGCAGAUCCUGGUGCUGUGGCUUCUAUGUUUUGGGUUGAUGCUGAAUUAGGGAUGGAUAUUUAUCUUGAUGGUAUCAUAACUGUAGUGGAUUCAAAAUAUGGAUUAAAACAUUUAGCAGAAGAAAAACCUGAUGGCCUUAUCAAUGAAGCUGCUAGGCAAGUUGCUUUGGCAGAUAUCAUCAUCAUCAAUAAAACAGACUUGGUUCCAGAAGAAGAUUUAAACAAAUUAAGAACAAACAUUAGAUCAAUAAAUGGACUGGGAAAAAUUUUAGAAACACAAAGAUCAAGAGUUGAUCUUUCCAAUGUAUUAGAUCUUCAUGCCUUUGACAGUCUUUCUGGAAUAAGUUUACAGAAGAAACUUCAACAUGUGCCAACAAGACAACCUCACAUUGAUCAGAGUAUUGUUACAGUUACAUUUGAAGUACCAGGAAAUGCUAAGGAAGAAAGUCUAAAUGUAUUUAUUCAGAAUCUUCUGUGGGAAAAGAGUGUGAGAAACAAGGAUGAUGACUGCAUGGAGGUCAUACGACUGAAGGGACUGGUGUCAAUCAAAGACAAAGCACAGCAAGUGAUUGUCCAAGGUGUCCAUGAGCUGUAUGAUCUGGAGGAGACUCCAGUGAGCUGGAAAGAUGAUGCUGAAAGAACAAAUCGAUUGGUUCUUAUUGGUAGGUAUUUAGAUAAGGAUAUCCUUAAACAACUAUUUAUAGCUACUGUGACAGAAAAAGAAAAGCGAUGAACAGCAGAUUUUAAAGAAGAUCAAGUUUGUUUAUAAUACUUGAAGUAUUUCUUAUCAAAAUGAUUGGAUGAUAAAAUUGGGAAUAAGUUUUCUACAUGGCGUAUUUCAAUCAUCACUUUCCAUUAUUUCUGUAAUGAAUUCCAUUGUACUUUUAAAUAUUUAUUUAUAGAAUACACAAUAGUAAAUCAGUGCUGUAAAACAUUUGACAUCAUGCAAUAAAAUAUACCCUCUGAAGUAUAAAUUGGCUUUGGAGCUUACAUAUACUGAAGUUCACCCUUGAAGUUAUUUAAAAUAAUGUUAAAAACUUACAUUAACAUUGUCAUUUUUCCUUAAACUUCAGCUGAUUGCAUAGUUUUUGUUACUAACAAAACUUUUUUAGAAAUCUUUCACCACUUUUAUUAAAUGAAAUAAAAGUUUUGUUGUGGCUACAGGCUUAUUAGUGGAAGAAAUAGUUAUCAAAGAAAUUAAUAAGAACCUUAUUAUGAAUCAAUUCUAAGCCUUACUGGUAGACAGUGUAAUGAAAUUUCAGUCACUCACUUUGUAAUAUAUUUAGAAGAUU